GAGCGACACAAUACCGAGUACUUUACGCCAAAUGACGAGCGGCAGACGGAGUCGCUAGAUAUCGUCCACCACUACCUGACGUUGCUCCUCGACGGAAAACUAUACCUUGCACCCCUCGGGAAUGACCUCCAGAAAGUGCUCGACGUCGGAUCUGGCGAUGGAAUCUGGGCGAUCGAUUACGCCGACGAGAAUCCCAACACCGAGGUGAUUGGUACAGAUCUCUCUCCCAUGCAGGAACUGACGGUACAUGAGAAAAAAAGGGAAAGCUCGACUGCCUCGAUCAGCUCGAGUAUCCUGGAGUACCGCACCAUCAAUGGCCGUACUUUUCAUAGCGAGCGACACAAUACCGAGUACUUUACGCCAAAUGACGAGCGGCAGACGGAGUCGCUAGAUAUCGUCCACCACUACCUGACGUUGCUCCUCGACGGAAAACUAUACCUUGCACCCCUCGGGAAUGACCUCCAGAAAGUGCUCGACGUCGGAUCUGGCGAUGGAAUCUGGGCGAUCGAUUACGCCGACGAGAAUCCCAACACCGAGGUGAUUGGUACAGAUCUCUCUCCCAUGCAGCCGAAGUGGGUUCCUCCCAACGUCAAGUUUGAGCUCGAUGAUGCCACACAGCCGUGGACAUGGCCAGACAACGAGUUCGACUUCGUCCACAUGCGCUUCCUCAACGGCGCCAUCCGCGACUGGCCGGCCCUGUUCCGCGAGGCCUUUCGGUGCUGCAAGCCGGGCGGGUACAUCGAGUCGGGCGAGUUUGAUCCGCGAUACUACUGCGACGACGGGACGGCAGACGACAACGAGACGAUCAAGACGUGGAACAGAGUCUUCGAGGAAGGUGAAAAGAGGCUGGGCAACAGCUUCACCGUCAUCGAGGGGGACACGCAGGAUGCCGGGAUCAGGGAUGCUGGCUUCGAGGACGUCAACGUAAAGGUCUACAAGGUAACGUCUUCCCCCUCUCCGUGCAUCUGUCUACAUGUUUCGGGCAAGACAGACAGCGGUGCUGACUUCCAUCGCAAGGCUCCCGUCGGACCAUGGACGGCAGACAAGAAACUCGCCAAGAUUGGCCGCUUUACCCAGCUCACUCUGGAGAAUGACAUGGAGGGGUAUACCCUCUUCCUGUGUACCCGCAUCCUCAACUGGUCCAACGAGGAGUACCAUGUCUUUCUCGCGAAGAUGCGCAAGGUUCUGCGUAGCACCAGGAACAUCCAUAUCUACUGCAAGUACAAGUACGUCUACGGACGGAAACCAUUGGCUUGA